UUGUAAACCGCUCACAUUACUACAUAAGAGAACCCUACCCCAUUUCCUACACUUUUUUACUCAAUUUUAUGCUCUUACACAAACCCACAAAGAGAUGAACAUCAACAACUACGUUUUUUCUUCAGAUUUUCAGCCUGCAUCAAUGUCAUUUUCUGUUCAAGAAACUUGCCCUAGAAUUGAAUCCGAGAGUCCUGGCAGCGGUUUUUACAGUUUAAACCGCCAUCAGAAUCCCAGAAAGAAGCGCACCAACAUUAUCGGAAUCGAUAAUUCUCUUGGCGUCAGAAAGCCUAAAUGUUCUAAGAAACCAGACCCUAAUGCUCCCAAGAUCACAAGGCCGUGCAGUGAGUGCGGCAAGAAAUUCUGGUCUUGGAAGGCCCUUUUUGGGCACAUGCGGUGCCACCCUGAGCGCCAGUGGCGCGGGAUUAACCCGCCGCCCAACUUCCGGCGGUUAGAAACCCUUACCGCUUCCGUCAGCACUGAUCGGGAAGCCACCGCCUCUGGUGUGACGGAGGAGGAUCAUGAGGUGGCUUCUUGCCUACUAAUGUUGGCUAAUGGUGUUAGUUCUACUGCUGCUGUUUCUGAGUCACCAUCUAAUUUUCGAUUCGAGUGUUCGAGUUGUAAGAAAGUGUUUGGCUCUCACCAGGCAUUAGGUGGUCACAGAGCAACUCACAAGAAUGUCAAAGGUUGUUAUGCAAUUCACAAGAAUGUCGAGAUCGGAGAUGAAGAAGAGCAAGAGCAAGAACAAGAACAAGACUGGAUUCACAAUGGAAGCCACGUUGAUCAAUCAAUAUUAGAUGUGAUGGGCCACAAAUGCAGUAUCUGUUUUAGGGUUUUUUCAACAGGUCAAGCCCUAGGUGGGCACAAAAGGUGUCAUUGGGAGAAACUAUCAGAAGCAGCAGCAUCAGGUUUAGGACUCAACCCUGCUGAACCCAAGGAGGCUAAUUGUGGUUUGGAUUUGGAUUUAAAUUUGAAUUUGCCUGGUUCAGCACCGGCCCCGUCCCGAGUACCAGUUCAUGAAGAUGAUGUCUCUUCAUCUGCUUCAUUUUAUUCUUCAGGUCUGGAAUUGGAUUUAAGGUUAGGACUUUGAAGAAAUUAUG